CAUCGGAUCCCCUUAUCGCACUUACACAGUAGUUACCUCCUAUCACAACGUCCCCAAAGCCAAGCUCAACAGCUGCGAACCAGCGUGACAUUUGCUCCCUGACAAGAAACCCCCCCCCCUCUUAUAACAUUGAACAUAUCGGUAGGAAUAAGAUGUAAAUAAAUCGCUAGCUAGCUACCCGUCUCCUGGGUAUAGAUCAGACAUGUCCAAUAUUAUCUAGUAUCUAUUAGUAUUAUCUUCCCUACCAACACAUCUUCCAUCCGGAGAUGCACAUAUCUGGCAUGGAGAGAGUAUAUAAAAUACCAGCACUUUAUGCUACCUAUUACUGUUUCUGUGUAACUUCCUAUAACACUCCUUGACUACUUCUCAAAGCUUUCGUUUGAUACCUAUACCUUCAUAUUCAUCUAACCUAGGUUACUAUCUUUCUGUAGGAUAUAGCAGCUGCUUGGUUAUACCUACAGGAAACGCGAGGUUGUGAUGUAGUCGCCAUCAAUCAUCUUAAUCAUCUCAAUCCCCCUAUACAGACAGCCAUCAUGUCUAGCAACAGUAGAACGAAAUUGGUCGUCGUCGGCCUGGGAAUGGUCGGCAUUGCCUUCAUAGAAAAGCUCCUGAAACUCGACGCCAGAGCCCGCGAAUACGACGUCGUCGUCAUUGGCGAAGAACCCCACCUCGCCUAUAACCGAGUUGGUCUGACGAGUUUCUUCAGCCACCGGGAGGUCGAGAGCUUGUAUCUGAAUCCGAGAGAAUGGUAUACCCAGCACGCCCGCUCCCACGCCCUAGCCUACCACAUAAACACGCUCGUGACAUCCAUCUCCCCCCCCUCGCAAACCCUAACCUGCGCCAACGGCGACGUCAUCCCCUACGACAUCCUCGUCCUCGCCACCGGCUCCGCCGCCGUGCUCCCCAGCCCCCAAACCCCCGGCCACGACGCGCGCGGGGUAUUCGUCUACCGCACCAUCGCGGACCUGGAGCGCCUCAUCGCCUUCGGCGACGCCCACCGCGGCACCGUCGGCGCCGUCGUCGGCGGCGGGCUGCUGGGGCUGGAGGCCGCGAACGCGAUGAUGGGGCUGCGGUGCUACGAGCGGGUGCGGCUCGUCGAGCGCAACCGGUGGGUGCUGAGCCGGCAGCUGGACGCCGAGGCGGGGAGGCUGGUGAUGGAGAAGGUGGCGGGCCUGGGGCUCGAGGUCGUGCUGGAAAAGAGAGUGGCGAGGAUCGAGACGGACGCGGGGAACAACGUGGCGGGCGUCGUGUUCGAAGACGGUGGGCGGAUGGCGUGCUCGACGGUCUGCUUCGCCAUCGGCGUCAAGCCCCGCGACCAGCUGGCGAGGAGCGCGGGGAUCGAGUGUGCUGACGAGCGAGGAGGAGGAGGAGGAGGGAUCAUCGUGAACGACGACCUGAGCACGAGCAUCCCGAACAUCUACGCCGUCGGCGAGUGCGCGAGCUGGCAGAACCAGACAUUCGGGCUGAUCGCCCCGGGCAUCGAGAUGGCCGACGUCCUCUCCUUCAACCUCACGCAAGCCAAGCUCCACCGGCCCCGAGCGUUCAAGCGGCCCGACCUGAGCACGAAGCUCAAGCUUCUGGGCGUCGACGUGGCCAGCUUUGGAGACUUCUUCGCCGAUAGGGACGGGCCGAGCCAGCUACCGGCGAAGAAGGCAGCGGCGGCGGCGCGGAAGACGGCCAGCAGCGAGGGGGAGGGGGAGCCACAGGUCAAAGCGCUCGUGUACAAGGACCCGUUCGCGCAGGUGUACAAGAAGUACCUCUUCACGCGCGACGGCAAGCGCCUGCUCGGCGGGAUGAUGAUCGGCGACACGCGGGACUACGCGCGCCUCGUGGCCCUGGCCAAGAGCUCCAAAGAGCUCGACAUCCCGCCCGCGCAGCUGAUCCUCGGCGCCGCGAAGAAGAAGAAGAACAAGGAAGGAGACGACGACGACGACGGCGCGGACGACCUCGACCUCGACGACGACGCGCAGAUCUGCUCGUGCCACAACGUCAGCAAGGGGGACGUCGCGCGCCGCGUGCGCGGCGGCGCGUGCAAGACGCUCGGCGACGUCAAGGCGUGCACGAAGGCCGGCACGGGGUGCGGCGGGUGCGUGCCGCUCGUCACCAGCGUCUUCCACCAUGCCAUGGCCGAGUUGGGCGCCGAGGUGACGAACCACCUGUGCGCGCACUUCAGCUACUCGCGCGCGGACCUGUACAGCAUCGCCAAGGUUAAAAAGCUCAAGACGCUGGCCGAGGUGAUGCGGGAGGCGGGGAACGACGGGGCGUCGGAGGGGUGCGAGGCGUGCAAGCCGGCCGUGGCCAGCAUCUUGGCGUCGCUGUGGAACGCGCACGUGAUGGACAAGGCGGUGCACGGGCUGCAGGACACGAACGACCGGUACCUGGGGAACAUCCAGCGCAACGGGACGUUCUCGGUGGUGCCGCGGGUGUCGGCCGGGGAGAUCACGCCGGAGAAGCUGAUCGUGAUCGGCGAGGUCGCGAGGGAGUAUGGUCUGUACACCAAGAUUACCGGCGGGCAGCGCAUCGACAUGUUUGGUGCGAGGAAGCAGGACUUGCCUGCGAUAUGGGCGAAGCUGGUCGCGGCGGGGAUGGAGAGCGGGCAUGCGUACGCGAAGUCCCUGCGCACUGUCAAGAGCUGCGUCGGCACGACGUGGUGCCGUUUUGGUGUUGGUGACAGUGUUGGUAUGGCUGUGCGUAUCGAGGAGCGGUAUAAGAGCAUCCGCAGCCCUCAUAAGAUAAAAGGGGGCGUUAGUGGCUGCGUGCGCGAGUGUGCCGAGGCUCGGAGUAAGGACUUCGGCCUCAUCGCCACCGAAAAAGGCUUCAACAUCUUCGUAGCCGGCAACGGCGGCGCGAACCCCAAGCACUCCGUCCUCUUCGCCAAGGACGUGCCGCCCGCCGAGGUUAUCCCCAUCCUGGACCGGUACCUGAUGUUCUACAUCCAGACGGCGGACAAGCUGCAGCGCACGGCGCGGUGGCUCGAGAGCUUGCCAGGAGGGUUGAAGUACCUGCAGGCGGUCGUGCUCGAGGACAAGCUCGGGAUAUGCAAGGAGCUGGAGGCGCAGAUGCAGGCGCUUGUCGAUUCGUUCUUCGACGAGUGGGCGGCUGCGGUGAGCGAUCCGAAGAUCGUGAGCAAGUUCCGGCAGUUCGCGAACGACACUCCCAUUCUUACCCCGGUUACCACUACGGCCAUCGCCAGCAGCAACGGUAAUAUGGAUAACAACACGGACAGCAAAAACAACUGCACCGCCAACGAUGAGGUCCUCGUCGAAAUAGAAUCCCAAACCGAGCGCGGCCAAACCCGCCCCGUCGCCUGGCCCAAGGAAUCCGCCCUUGAUAACUUCAAGGGCCUACGCUCAACCUGGGCAAGCACGUCCUGGCAGCCGGUCCUCUCAGCCUCCUACUUCGCGGGCGCCGACGACCAGCCCAACGGCAUCAGCGCGGCAAUCCGGCGCGGGGACACCCAGCUGGCGGUGUGGCGCGUCCGGGGGCGGUACUACGCCACGCAGCAGAUGUGUCCGCACAAGCGGACGUUCGCGCUGUCGGAUGGGCUGGUUGGGUUGGACGUUGCUUCUCCCCCUUCUCCCACAACCCCCUCCUCCACAUUACCCCCAUCCUCUUCAACCAUCCCUAAUACUACCCCUUCCCCCGACCCAAAAUCAGCAGCAGCAGCAGCAGCAGGAGAAAAAACACCCUACAUAUCCUGCCCCUACCACAAACGCAACUUCUCGCUAGCCCGCGGCGACUGCCGCAACGACUCCUCCCUCUCCAUCGCCACCUUCGCCGCCGAGGAGCGCCCCGAUGGGCUCGUCUACCUCUUGUUACCACCCGUCGCGGAACUAGACGCCGCGCUGGGGACUACGAGGUGGAAGGUGCGGAAGGAGGACGGGGAGGCUGAUACAACGGUUGAAACGAAGACACCGCGGCGGGCUGGGAGGAAGGCUGGUGUUAAAGUUCUGGGAGCGGCGAUGAAUGGGUCGAUAGAGGUGCUGCCUGCGGGAGUGGGAGGAGGAGGAGGGUGUGGCGCUGCGCCGGAUUGGUAGGGGAUGGGAGGGUUUAGUGUACAUACCUACAACAUAUACAUACUAAGUUAUCAACGACUACAUCGAAAAUCCCUAAGAAUAAAAUGAUAGUAUUAGCUUUACCUACUUGAUAAUUUUGCUAGGCAGAACAUAACCCAUCGUCGUGCUUAAGAG